GACGGUCGAGUUACCUGUGUGCGUGCAGUAUGUGAUUUACGGUCUCGCCGGCCGCUAACUACACGCCGCGCGUCGAAAGUUCCGCCGCACACAUACCAAGCCGGUCGCCGUUGAAUUUGCCCUUUGCGUGUGCGCGUAUUAGGCCGUGUAAGAGCCACCGCAACGGCACCACCGACUCGUUAAUGUGUGUUUGCUACCGCCGCUGUGCGUUCGGAGUAUUGUUAUAAAUAUUGUUGUUUUGUUGUGCAAAAGGUCAUCGCUGCGUCACAAGAGAUCCUCGUAUUUGGAUUACACGAGCUCUACUGGGUCGACGAUCAUGCUUGCCAAGUCAUGUGGAACCAAUCGCCAUGCGUAAAAACAUUAAAUCAACGUGACUGUUGGCCAUCAAACGUUGUUGCUGACACAAUUAUUAUGCAGUUUAAUGGACAGGCGUCGUGGUGUAUAUAACUCGAGCAGAUUCAGUUGGUGCGCAAUGUAUCAGGUAGAACUAUUACUUCAGUCGCAUUUCAGUAGUGAUUAUCAUUGGUGUCACUAAAAAUGUAAAUGGUGUACUUCUCAAAUAGUGUUUAAAAUUAAACUCAAUUGCAAAAUAUUAUGGACGUAGCGUCCAGUGAUUACUUAAAGACUGCGCUUUAUUCGGGCGACAAUGGGUCAGACGCGAACAACCGUGAUAGUCUUAGACUUAUGGAGCUUGGACUACAUCUAGAGUCUCUUCACGAUGGAUCACACAGGCUAAACACAUCCGUGGAUCAUUUGUUGAACGACCCCACUCUUUCAGAGAGAAACAAUAACGAAUUCACUUUCGCCAACAACAACAAUAAUAAUAAUAACAACAAUAACAAUAACAACAACGGGUUCGAAGCUAUUAUGGGCGGUGAACACGGUUUUGAUUUGGAUUGUGCGCCAACAUCGUUCCAAGAUAAAUCAGACAUUGCUGAUCAAUGGCGAACGCUGAACACGGACGGUGCUAUCUAUACUGUUGAAGUGGUCAAUAAUGCAGACGGAGGUGCCAGUGAAUCACUUUGGUGUAUACCGGCACUCACUGAACACCACCAGGGUGGUAGUGCAGUCACUAACUUUGACGAAGCUUUGCUGUCGAUGAACGGCGGGGAUCCAGUCGAUCAAUCUUGUAGGUACAUUAAACAAGAACAUGCAGAUUACGUUGUCAAACAAGAGUCUGUAGAGUACACCGGCGAUGAACUUCUUCGAAACGCCUUAUUAGGUAAAACUAAUCAUAACCAUCAUCAAAGGUAUAUCGACAAGGAUAUCAAACCAUCAGUUUCAACAGCUUCGGAUAGCCAAAACUCGUCACCCGUACCAACUUCUAUUCCGGAUGUUUCGUACCCGUCAACGUCCACAGUAGACAUGCAAGACGUGUUAAGCACGACCAACAAUAGCAGUGGCAUAAAUGGUAAUACUAUAGUGAUGAUAGAUGAUGAUAUGCCGUCCAUGUCAUUACUGGUAGCCGGCGACGGUAGUUCUUCGCAAAACGUCGAUGAUCUCCUCUUGCCAGACUUUGACUUUCAAUACAUUGAAGCACUUGACAGCGAUAUGUCUCCUUCGUUCCAACAGUACUGUCCCAACAGUAGUCAGGGAUUCGUAUCAUUCAUUACAGAGGUGGCAAAUAUCUCACAAAUCCCAACAACAGUGGUUCUAGACCCCAGAGAACCCGAACAAGUAUCCACAUCUUCAUCACCUCCAGUAAGCAGGCCACCAGCUAAAAAGUAUAACCGCCGGUCUCAACUUGCCAACGGUAAAACAAAGUUGGGCUCAUCGGCAAUAGCAGUGUCUUCGGCGACAUCAUCUGCCAAUUCUGUAGAUGAUCAGUCCACUAAUCCACCCGCCAAAAAAGAAAGAUCAUUGCAUCAUUGUCACAUUUGUAGCAAAGGCUUUAAAGAUAAAUACUCGGUGAACGUUCACAUUCGAACUCACACGGGAGAGAAACCUUUUAUGUGUACGGUGUGUGGAAAAAGUUUCAGACAAAAAGCCCAUUUAGCAAAGCAUCAACACACACAUACGACGCCAGCUAAGCCACAGCCACUAUCGAUUACUCAAGCAACCAUUAAAGGUCGACGAUCCACGUCUAGAUAGCCCUCUGGUUUACUUAGUUUUCAUAUAAUGUUUGAUCUUAGCCAGAUACUAUAAGGGUUCUGGUUUUGUUCAGAGAUAAAGUACCACCGUCUAGUACAUCCUCAACUCCCAAAUGUUCUCUCUUCUGAGAAUAGAAAUACGGGUAUUAUUACUUGUGUCAAGUGAACCAUUUAGUUUGUUGUCACAGUUUAUACCCACACAACGCUUUUUGCGUUUUAGCAAAAAUUUAAUCAAGAUAUCGUUUUCUUCUUGACCUAGAAAGACGGUUUGUUUUAAUGUGAUUAUUAAUAAGUUAACCUCAUUUAUGAAGUAAUAAUAACUGUAAACGUCCCUCGAAUCAAAAUAUAAAUAGUAAUUUAUAACGAUAUUAUUAGUUAUAAAUUUUAGUAUGACGAUAGUUAUAAUUAUACAGAGUGUUCAGUAAGUAAGGAAACAUGUCAAUUGUUACAAACAAUGAGAGCAGUAGAGACCCGUUUCCUUACUUACUGAACACCUUAUAUAAUUUUGUGUAUAUUAUUAAUCUUAGGUAUGUAAAAUAUAAAUUAUCAAAAUAUAAUUUCAUCAUAACAUGUUAAAAAUUGAUUUACAAUAUAAAAUGUACGUAUAAUUUAUGUAAGUAUGUUAUAAACUCAAAUGAAAAUUAAUUUAACUAUCAUCUGCUAUCGUGUACUAUUGUGUUCUAAGGCCUGUGAUAGACAACGAUAAGUACAUAACUGAAUUCUAAUGUAUUAUAUACUGAAAAUAAAUUUUCAGUAUUAAAAAGGCCUUCUUUGUAUAAAAAAAAAAUACGAAAUUAAUUACUUAAAUUUUGUUGUUAUAUGUAUUUUAGUUUAAUUCGAAUGUAUUUUAUGUGUUGGGUGUUCCUAUGAAGACUACCAUGACACCAACUCUACUUAAAUAAUUAUUACUUGAACAUAUUGUACUUUACUUAAAUUUAAAAUAAUAAGUUUAAUUAUUUGUUUGUGUGCUUUAUUUAAAAAUGUAUAAAGCCAAUGCGAUGUAAAAGUAAUGCUAAACAAAUUUAAUUUGAUAUGCUCAGAUGUAUCAAGAUAAUUUGGCUGAGAUAUUUUGUUUCGUUAAACUAUAAUAGAAUUUUAAAAUAAUUUUUGCAAUACAUUAAGCCUUGUUAAGUUAUAUAAUUAAUAUUAAUUAGUGACUUGACUUGGUUUAUAUUAGUUCAUUAAUUUAAAAACUUUAAAUACAAUAGAAUUGAAAUAGUGUAAUAUUAAUCUUACCUUUUUUUUUUUUGUGCCAUAAGCCAUAACAUUAAACAUGACAAAAAAUAGUUUUUACAUCAAUAAAAUUAUGCCAAAUUAAUUUUAAAUUAAAGAUAGAUGUACUACUUAAAAGCUAUUUUAAUUAAUUUUUUAUAGUAAAACGAAUCAUUUUUAAAUUAUUAAUUUUUUAUGUAAUCGCACGUGACACUAAAUGUUAAAAAAAUUGAAAAUAUACAUUCCUGCAAUAAAAUUUGACUGUGAUUUAUAAAAUGUAUCUUUAUAUUAUUUUUUCUCAUUAAAUUUUAAAUAUUAAUAUUUUAAUAUUUUAUUAUACAUAUUGUACGUUAAUAGUUAAUUAUGUUAGUAUACAAUAAGAAUAUAUGUCUAUUUUCAAA